AAGAAGCUAACUCCUCCCUCUUGAGUUCUGUCAACUGAGCGAAAGAAAGGAAAAGAAAGAAAAGCUCCUCCACUGGAAUGGCGAGGCGAGAGUGCGGCUCCAUGUGGAGCACUUCAACCAGAUGAGGACAUAACUGGCAGCUAUCCGACGUCCAGGAAGCCUUCCCGUCCCUCUGGGGCUCUCUGGGACCCGACGACCGAUGGACAGAGAGAGGAGGAAAGCGGGGGAAUCUCGUCGCUCCUGAGGAAACUGACAGGGCAACGUCUUUCUCCCCCCUUUUUUCGGAGUAAACCUACAUGGACUUCAAACUUUCCGCUUUCUUGUAGCAUGAUAUUGAGUGCGAUAUGUGUAAUAGGACACCGAGUAAAAGCGUGGAGUGGCUGCAAGUGGAGUUAGAGUCCGGGGGCACGUCGUUGCUGCUGCUGGACUGCCGCUCACACGAGCUGUACGAGUCAUCCCACAUAGAGAGCGCCAUAAACCUGGCCAUGACGGGGCUGAUGCUGCGGAGGUUCAAGAAGGGCAACAUACCGAUACAGACCGUCAUCCCCAAACACGAGGAGAAGGAGAAGUUCAUCGGUCGCUGCAAGACCGACACGGUCGUCCUGUACGACGAGUGCUCGGCGGAGUGGCCGGCCAGCGGAGCGCCGGCGUCGGUUCUGUUCGUCCUCCUUCAGAAAUUGUGGGAAGACGGCUGUAAGGCGUUUUAUCUGGAAGGUGGGUUUGUGAAGUUCCACACAGAGUACCCAGAACACUGUGAGACCCUCCUGGACAGCUCCUGCCCCAGCUCCUCUCCACCUGUGUCGGCUCUGGGCUUUGGGAACCUCCGGAUCAGCUCCGACUGCUCGGAUGGGGAGUCCACAGAGCCCGAGGAGAGCCCCUUCCCCAGCAACCAACCCGACUUCCCUGUCCAGAUCCUCCCCUACCUCUAUCUGGGCUGUGCCAAAGACUCCGCCAACCUGGAUGUGCUGGGCCAGUACAACAUCACUUACAUCCUGAACGUCACACCCAAUCUCCCCAACAUGUUUGAGCACGACGGCCACUUCAGGUACAAGCAGAUCCCCAUUUCGGACCACUGGAGUCAGAACCUGUCCCAGUUCUUCCCAGAGGCAAUAUCAUUUAUCGACGAGGCUCGUUCCAAGCGCUGUGGCAUCCUGGUCCACUGCCUGGCCGGCAUCAGCCGCUCCGUCACGGUCACAGUGGCCUACCUGAUGCAGAGACUCAACCUCUCCCUGAACGAUGCCUACGACUUUGUCAAGAGGAAGAAGUCCAACAUUUCGCCCAACUUCAACUUCAUGGGUCAACUGUUGGACUUUGAGAGGACACUGGGGCGCCACACUCCCUGCGACAACCGCUCCACCAGCGAAGAGCAGCUUUUUUUCACCACGCCGACCAAUCACAACGUUUUCCAGCUGGAGUCAGCAUGAGCCUGUCAGACUGGCCAACUCGCUGAGGCGAGCAAGCGAUUCGAACCAAAAAGGAACUAGAUUGACUUUUUUUUUUUGACAGAACAGCACCCAGAGAACAAACUCAAAUGCCUUAAUUCAGAAUUAAAGAGAGAUUUUCUUCUCAUUUACUGAUUUUAUAGAACAGUUGUAACAUCAUUGGCUUCCACAAACUUUUUUUUAAUCUGUAUUUUUCUUUGUAAUUUUCACCAUAUUUUUUUUUUCACUUUUUUACAGAUCAGUUAUUAAAAUGAAACUCGAAUUUUCAAGUCGGAAUGCUUUCUUGGGAGCCAGAUUUUUUGUGUUUUUACUCAAGCAAGGGAAAUAGACUACUAAUUAGAUUUAAUCUGGAUUUAUGUCAAAUUUCCUGAACAUGACUUACAGAAAUCACAACUGUUUCUUAGAGCGCAUCCACUAACUUAUAGCCAAAAUACCCAAUCCAUUAGACUAUGAUUCACAUCAAUGUCCGUUUAUUUUGACAUCUUUAUUUGUUUUUAAAGGACCAACACUUUCGAUCUGCCUAACUGAUGCAAGCAGAAGAAAGGUCAGAUUUUAAUUAAAAAAACAAUUUAAUUUCUGACACUUAAAACUAGCUGAAAGCUGUUAUUUUACAUCAGAACAAGACAAGGACCAGAAACAAAAAUUAAAUAGUGGAUUUGAUGAACCCAUAUUGAUUUUUAGGCAAGGAAAAAUACAUUUUUACAUCCCUCAGCCUUAGUCUUUACGAAUCUAGGUGAGGAAAUAAUGUCAAAUAAAUGUUUAAACUGUGGUCAUUUCAAAUGUAACCCUGCUUGGACCUUAUAUCCUUUUGGUUACAGUAAUACAUGUUCAUGAAGAUUCCGUAUUUUCUAUGUUGUAACCUUUCCGUCAUUACUUUUUCUCGUAUGUCAGGCGUCAACCAUUCCUGACUGUAGCUUCCAUGUUCAGUAGAAAGGAUCAUAUUUUUGUCAUUCUGCCACAAAUACAUCAAUAUUCACCUUUUUUUUUUAAACGUUUAACUCUCUUCAGCCUGCAGCUACUCCACUGGCACAUUACUGGAGACGUGACGAGUGAUCAGCUGUUCUCUGUUGCCGGUCUUGCCUCCGAACAAAUGAAUGAGUUUGAUGCGUGCGAGGAAAUGAAAGGAAGUGAAUUUGAAUAGCCUGUUCUUACCUCAAGGAGAGACAUUUCAGGGAUUUUUAUACCAGGCAUCUGUAUGUCAUCCAUGCCUCUUUAAGCGCUCCCAACGGCUGUUCUGUGUUUGUAAAGAUGUAUGUAUAUACAAUGUGGUUUAUGGGGGACAUUUUCUGUAAAUCAUGAAGGAUAUGGAGUUUAUCUGAACCUUUAUGUAAAGCUUAUAAGGCAUUCUGUACAAGUUUAUACACAACGAAAUAUAUUGUUUAUUUUUAUUUGAA